AUGCCAAUCUCGACUCCUAGUGAAGAAAGCACUCCAUUAACAACUAUUCCUGUCAGCACCACACGUGUGACCACUUCUGAGGGCAACAUCCUUUCAACACCUUCUGUGGACACCAGCACACCUGUGACCACUUCUCCCCAAGUCAGUUCAUCUCCUACAACUCCUAAAGGUACCAGUAUGCCAAUUUCGACUCCUAGUGAAGGAAGCACUCCAUUAAGAAUAUUGCCUGUCAGCAUCACAUCGGUGACCCUUUCUGAUCCUAGCACACCUUCAACACCUCCUGCUGACACCAGCACACCUGUGACCACUUCUACCCACAUCAGUUCAUCUCCUACAACUCCUGAAGGCACCAGCACACCUGUGACCACUUCUACCCAUGUCAGUUCAUCUCCUAAAAAUCCUGAAAUCACCACCGUGCCAAUCUCUCCUCCUAGUGAAAGAAGCACUCCAUUAACAACUAUUCCUCUCAGCACCACACGUGUGACCAGUUCUGAGGGCAGCAUCAUUUCAACACCUUCUGUUGACACCAGCACACCUCACCACACGUGUGACCAGUUCUGCGGGCAGCAUGCUUUCAACACCUUCUGUAGGCACCAGCACACCUGUGACCACUUCUACCCAAGUACCAGUAUGACAACCUCGACUCCUAGUGAAGUAAGCACUCCAUUAAGAACUUUUCCUGUCAUCACCACAUCUGUGACCAGUUCUGCGGGCAGCAUUCUUUCAACACUUUCGGUUGACACCAGUACAUCUGUGGCCACUUCUACCCAACACACCUGUCACCACUUCUGUCCAAGUCAGUUCAUCUCCUACAACUCCUGA